AUGGCCGCUCGUAUCAUGGUUCUUCCACAAGCUAUACAGGCACAGCCAACCUAUGGGAAAUUGCAGAAUGAUACCGGUCCAAAUCUACCAGACUAUUGUAGCAUGGCAGCCAAGUUCAUUCCCCGACAGACCUUCCCCAGUUAUACGUCCAUUCCAAGGUCGUAUUUCCUGGGCCAUCACCGGGCAGGUCUGAAAAAGAUGCAGAAUAUGCUCUCUUCCAUUGACUACGUCGUUGAGUGUCGCGAUUAUAGAGUACCAGUUACAUCUAUCAAUCCCAUGUUUGAAGAAGCCUUGGGGAAAACCAGACGAUUAAUAGUAUAUACAAAGAGGGAUCUAGGUGCGGAAUCGGGGUCAUCAGCCCAACAACAGGCAGAGAAAAGAAUUAGAAAUUUCGAUAAAAAUAGCGCCGUGUUUUUUGUUAGUUCCUCGUCCCGCCCGGAUGUGAGUUCUAUAUUGAAGCAUUUACGAAAUGAUGCCGAAGGACCCGACAAGCUCGUGGGGUGUCGAGUGAUGGUUGUCGGGAUGCCAAACGUCGGCAAGUCGACGUUAAUCAAUAAUCUGCGAAAUCAGGGUGUUCACAAAGCCAAGGCUGUGCAGACAGGCGGCCAACCUGGCAUUACGAGGAAAAUCGGAACUCCCGUCAAGAUCAUCGAGAGAGAGAACGGCUCUCAUGUUUACGUGCUAGAUACGCCCGGUGUCUUCAUGCCAUAUGUUCCAGAUGCAGAAAAUAUGCUGAAACUGGCACUCUGUGGUUGCGUCAAGGACUCUGUGAUCUCACCCGUCACAUUAGCAGACUAUCUGUUAUACCAUAUAAAUUUGCAUGAUACCCAAGUAUAUGAGCGUUGGUCCCCGCCAACAAAUGAAAUUAUGCCUCUUCUAAACGAUUUCGCCCGCCAUACCGGACUCCUUGCUAAGGGUGGUAUCCCGAACACUGACCUUGCGGCGUUGCAUUUUAUCCAAAAAUGGCGCGCAGGUGGCUUGGGGAAGUUCAUCCUGGAUGACCUGCAAGCAGAGGAACGUCAUCGUCAAGAAGGCACGAAGGAUGCGGUGGGCACCAGCAUGUCCCAAGCGCGCAAGGCCGAAAGAAUGGCAAGGAAACAGCCACAGAGACUGUAA